AUGCCCCGUUGGACUUUUGAACUUUCUCCAGACAUUCUUUCCAGAGCGGAGAAAUCGGCCCUUGCUCGUCAGAUCACCGAGACCUAUGUCGAAAUCGGAAUCCCGGCCUUCCUCGUCAACGUGUUCUUCCAUGAACUUCCAGUGGGCUGCUUCUAUAGUGGUGGCCAAGCGUCACCCCCCGCCAUCUUUUUUCACAUCGAUCACGCCGCGAGUGGGUUCAACUCCGAGGAGCAACGUUUGCUUUUCAUUGCUCGAGUAAACAAUAUUGUGCGACCUGUUCUUCAACCGAAGGAUAUAAAAUGGGAAUAUAAUAUCUACGAACAUCCUAGAGAUAAUUGGAGGGUCAACGGACUUAUACCACCAAUCGAACACCCAGAGGUUUGGAAAGAGUGGGUCGACAAGAAUGAAGCAGUGCUGUAUGAUGAGAGUCAAGAGAAGUCGACGGAUGAAGUGGUCAAACUGAGAAUUCUAUCGGACAAAGAAGUGUGA